AUGGAGCAACAUAGAGGCAGUGGUCAAGGUUCUUAUAUAUGGGGGUGGUGCAAAUGGAAGACAUUAUUUCUGGACCUCGAAGCACACUGUGGACUCAACCCCACUAUUGCUGCUCACGUAUGGCUGCUACAUCACCUCUUUCUGGCUGCUAUCAAUCAUGAUGCACAAGAUUGGGCCAGUGCAUGGAAUUCACAUCAUCUUCAAAUUCACAGUGAGCGAGAACGCAGCCCUCGAGACAUGUUCUUUUUCAGUAUGGUUCAAGAUGGUCCACGAGGUCUGCGUGCAAUCACUGAUGCUAUUCAGGAGUCCAUCCAUGAUAUAGCUGCCUAUGGCAUAGAUUGGGAAGUGGCAGAUGAUCCUGUACUGAUGAAUCAUUUACUGCAGAACAAUCCACAGGAUUGGGCUGAGCAGAACCCAUUCACUGUAAAUCCAAGCACACUCUCAGACGUUACUUGCGAGCCUCCUGAUUGUCCUUUGACUACUGUAGAGAUUGAAGCUCUUGAUACAUAUCUGGCAUCUGUGGUUGAUUUGUGUAGGGUGGUAUGGCAGCAGGCAUUGACUUCCUGCAAUCACCUGAUAAAUCAACGUCCCCAGAAUGUGGUGCAGCAACCUUAG